GGUGCUAUGCGAUGCUCCCUGAAGCGCUCCCUCAUGGCUGCACUUGCAGCCGCCUUCCUCCUCCUCCUCCUCCUCCUCCAUGGGGGCAGCUGGCAGGAACAGGAUCCCCUGGAGGUGAAGCUUAGGGGCUUGGCCCCAGACACGGUCCUGCAGAUGCUGCAGCCGGAAGGAACCCAGCACAUCCUCAGGGACAUGGAUGACCUCUCUGCGCUCCACAAUGUCUCCUACCACCUCCUGGCUGGCUCCCUCUCACCCCACAAAAAAUUCUUGGCAGUGGGAUUGGCAUCGGUCCGGCGGCCACGUGGCUACUAUCUCCCUGCCACGCUCCAGUCCCUCUUCACACAGUCAACAGAGAAGGAGCUCCAGGAGAUGGUGGUGGUGGUGCACCUGGCUGACACAGACCCGAGUUGGAACGUGCGUGUGGCCGCCGACAUCGCCCGCAAGUUUGCUCAGCACAUCCUCCUGGGCCGGCUCCUGCUUAUCCACGCUCCCCACGAGUUCUACCCCACCCUGGAGGGCCUCAAGAGAAACUACAAUGACCCGGAGGAGCGCGUGAGGUUCAGGUCCAAGCAGAAUGUAGACUACGCCUUUCUCCUCGCCUUCGCUGCCAACCUCUCCUCCUACUACUUGAUGAUCGAGGACGAUGUGUGGUGUGCCAAGUCCUUCUUGACGGCCAUCCGCAAGGCACUGGCUUCCCGGGAAGGCUCCAACUGGGCCACCCUUGAGUUCUCCAAGCUGGGCUACAUCGGUAAGCUCUACCGCUCCAGUGACCUUCCUCGCCUGGCUCGCUUCCUCCUCCUCUUCUACCAGGAGAUGCCCUGUGACUGGCUGCUGGUCCACUUCCGCCUCCUGCUCACCCAGAAGGACGUAAUCCGCUUCAAGCCCUCCCUCUUCCAGCACAUGGGCCUCUACUCCUCCUUCCAGGGCACUGUCAACCGGCUGGAGGACGAUGAGUUCCAAGCUGAUGCCUUGGACCUUCCAGAUAACCCACCGGCGGCCUUGUUCACCAGCAUGUCUAUCUUUGAGAAUUAUGAGCCCCUCAAGGCUUACAGCAUGGCAGAGGGGUAUUUUUGGGGGAAAGACCCAGCAGCCGGCAGCAUCUUCUCCAUCGUUUUCCAGCAGCCGGCCCGCAUCACCCGUGUCCGGGUGCGCACAGGCUCCGAGGAGCGCCAGGGUGAUAUCCUGCGCACGGGGGUGCUGGAGCUGGGCCGGCAGCGGCAGGCUGACGGUCGGGACUGUUCUGCCUACAUCACCGUGGGCACCUUCGAGAAGGGGACCUUUGAGCGGCGGGGGCUGGAAAGGGGCGUGCCCGGCCCCGUGGAGUGCGUGAGGAUCCGGGUAACCCGGGACCAGAGUGAGUGGCUCAUCAUCCAGAGCAUCGACAUCUGGACCAUGGCGGGCACCUGACUGGGGAUGUGGCGGG